CACCCCGACUCUAUCGUCUUCCUCAAUUCAAUAAAUAUUCCAUCCUUCAAUCACCAUGGAAACUUCCCAGAGCUUUCUUCCCAUUCUCAUGCACUGAUAAAAGCAAACAAUGGGAAAAGCUACGAGGUGGCUGAAGAGCUUGUUCGGGAUAAAAAGCACCAAAGAUUACUCGAAUUCCGGUGACCGGAAAGACAAGAAACGGUGUAACGUCAGACAUUCAGGGCGGGACUCGAGCGGCGGAUUGUGUCACGACCCUACAACGAUCCCACCUAAUAUGUCGCCGGCUGAGGUCGUCUGGCUGAGGUCAUUGUACAAAGAAACGGAGAAAGAGCAGAAUAAGCACGCAAUUGCGGUGGCGGCCGCCACGGCAGCUGCAGCAGAUGCGGCGGUCGCUGCUGCUCGGGCGGCAGUGGCGGUGGUCGGGCUGACGAGCCAUGGAAGAGGGACCAUGUUCGGCGGUGGACAUGAAAAAUGGGCCGCUGUUAAGAUUCAAACCGUCUUCAGAGGCUAUCUGGCUCGAAAAGCGCUACGAGCCCUGAAAGGAUUAGUGAAGAUCCAAGCCCUUGUUAGAGGAUAUUUAGUGAGAAAACAAGCUUCAGCUACACUGCAAGGCAUGCAUGCACUGAUAAGAGCUCAAGCUACAGUCCGGUCCCAAAGAGCUCGGAAAUCAAUGGUACUAAAUGCAUCAAUAAUCAUUUAUCCGACUCGAAACUUGCAGGAGAGAUUUGAUGAUACAAGAAGUGAGCAUACUGUUUCUUUCCAUAGUAGAAGGUUGUCAUCUUCUCUUGACACCUCAUUUAACAUUGAAGGAAGUCCCAAAAUUGUGGAGGUAGAUACAGGCAGGUCGAAAUCGAGAUCCCGAAGAACCAACAUUUCGGUACCAGAUUUCGUCGGCGACGUCCCGUUCUCUUCUCCACUUCCUGCUCGAGUUCCGACUCGUUUAUCGAUGCCGUUUCAAGAGACCGAUUGGGGACUAAUCGGAGACGAAUGCAGGUUCUCGACGGCACAAAGCACGCCCCGGUUAGCCCCGGUUACGCCAGCCAAGAGCGUGUGUGCCGAUAACUUUUUCGGACACUAUGUGAACUUCUUCCCUAAUUACAUGGAGAAUACGCAGUCGUCCAAGGCUAAAUUGAGGUCGCAUAGUGCCCCGAAGCAACGGCCGGAACCGGGGACUAAGAAACGGCUUUCGAUCAACGAAAUGCUGGAAUCUAGAUGUAGUUUGAGUGGUGCUAGGAUGCAGAGAUCAUGCUCACAUGCACAAGAAGCUAUCAGUUUCAAGAACGCAGUGAUGGGGAAGCUUGACAGAUCCUCGUGAUUUGGCAAAACAUCUUGGCAGAUCUUCAGCUGUAAGCCUCCUGAUUCAAAUC